AUUUGUAAACGUCGGUAACACAUCCCUGCACCCGAAGCCGAGCGAUCGCUUUUACUCCUUGCCUUCACCUUUCUUCCACCUCCCGAUCGUCCCCCUUCUCAUCACUCCAUCGCACCGAUCUCACGUCAGACCGCCUCCACUAAAACCCUAGCCCUUCCCAACCCGAUGUCCGCGCCGGCGGCAGCGGCGGUGGAGGGGGCCGCGGCGGCGGCGUCGCCACUGCCCGCGGCCCCGCCGGGGCCGCGGCCGUACGAGGUGGCAGUCGCGGCGGCGGAGCUCCGGCCGGUGGACUACAACCUCUCGGCGCUGUGUGAUCACGUCCAGGCCGAGGGGUUCGGCUCCGGGGCUUUCUCUGACGUUGUCAUCGAGGCCAUGGGGGCCACCUACCGCCUCCACCGCCUCAUCCUCUCCCGCAGCGCAUACUUCAGGAAUAUGCUACAUGGCCCUUGGAGAGAGGCUGGAGCACCUGCAGUGGUCUUGCAUAUAGAUGAUGCUAAUGUUAAUUCAGAGGCCAUUGCAAUUUCAUUGGCAUAUCUUUAUGGGAAACCUCCCAAGCUUAAUGAUAACAAUGCAUUUCGGGUGCUUGCAGCUGCAUCAUUUCUGGAUCUUCAGGACUUAUGUACAAUAUGUACAGAUUUUAUUAUUUCCGAGCUUUGGACAUCAAACUUUUUACAAUAUCAGUUGUUUGCGGAGAGUCAAGAUUAUGGUAGUCAUGGAGAACGUGUUAGAAAUGCUUGCUGGGGUUAUCUUUGUCAAAGUGCCACACUGGAACUACGAGAGGUGCUUCCAAAGCUUUCUUCACAAACUUUGCAUGCUCUCCUUACAUCCGAUGAAUUGUGGGUACCUAACGAGGAGAAACGGUUUGAACUAGCAUUGUUCACUCUACUUGCAAAGGUAACUAUGUGGGAGUUACAAGUUAGUGGGAAUGAAACAAGUUCACCAAAUGCUGAUCGUUCCAUGAGGAAAGGGAAGACUCCGAUGAACAAACUUGAUGAGGAACAGCUAACAGUGUCUGAAUUGCAGAACUUGAAGUUGCAUGAUGAUUUUAGGAGUGAAAUUGGCCAUAACAUUAUCGAUGUUUCAGAUAUGAAUUGUGAAGCUUCCAAGAGGACGGUGAGUAAUGUUUCUACAGGAGGACCAUCUGGAGAAAGCACUUCGUAUCAAUUGACUGAAAACAUUUGGCUUUCUAGUGAGCAAACUACAAAGAAUUAUUUCUCGAGAACUUCCAGUAAUGGGCUUAUUCCUACUGAGUGGGGAAGGCCCAAUGCACCACUUUGGGGUGGCAGGGUUGUUGGUCGGCAGCAGGUUAGAUGCAUUAAGGGGAACUCUUGUCUAUCUACUGAUGAAUAUAAUGCCUUUAUGAAUAUAUUCGAAAGGGGUUCUCUUCUCUACUGUAAUAUGUCAUUUGAUGCACUGUUAAGUGUUCGAAAGCAACUUGAAGAAUUUGGGUUCCCUUGCAAAGCUGCCAAUGACGGUCUUUGGCUACAGAUGCUUCUGUGUCACAGAGUUCAAGCCAUAAUUGCUGAUACUUGCAGAAACUGUUGCCUUACAAGUAAUUCUUGCGCUUGCAAACAAGCAUAUGUAGGCUCGCAUAGCCACUACAGGCAGGAGCAUGACCGGAGCAAUGCUUCUGGUACUAUAGGUACUGUCUACCUUGCAGAUGCCCAGGGAGAUGGGAAUGGUGUGCUUGGGUCUGUGCGUGUUAACGUAAGAGGAGCAGUUGAUGGACUUGCUGGUAUUGGGAGAGGAAACUCAAAUGUGCCUGGUGCAGCUUGGGCUCCUACGCGUUAUGUCUUCUCCCGUGUUCCUUACGGGCUCGGUUCAAGAAAUGGCCAGCAACCAUUUGCCAAUGAUGAAUCGGAAGCUAGAAUUGAUCGCAAUGGAGAUAUUUCAGUAGAUGGUCUGACUGCAUUGGUUCCAGAAAACAGUGCUGCUCAUCAGCAGGCAGAAAGUCUAUUUGAGACAGGUAUCCAGACGAGAUAUUGUAGUGUUGCAUCUGUUUCCACUCCAGGUGGUUCAUCUGUCCAGAUGCAGGAGUCAAAGGAGCAUGAGCUUGGGCCAGAUUGGGAAACUGCAGAGGACGCAACUAUAUCAUUAGACAUGAAAACACCACUUAGUCAUUUUCCUCCUUUCCGCUUUGGGGUUGAGUUUGAAGAUGUGCACAGGCUUGCUGAUGGUCAGGUGAAACAUUCCACUGAAGUAUUCUAUGCAGGCUCUCUGUGGAAGGUAAGUGUUCAGGCAUUCAAUGAUGAGGAUCCUCAUGGGCGACGCACCCUUGGACUUUUUCUUCACCGACGCAAGGCUGAGUUGUUAGACCCCUUGAAGAAGGUCCACAUGUACAUAGACCCCCGCGAAAAGGUUACGGCACGGUAUCAGCUCAUCUGUCCAUCGAAGAGAGAGAUCAUGAUAUUUGGAAGUCUGAAGCAGGCUGGGACGCUGCUACCGAAAGCCCCAAAGGGUUGGGGUUGGCGCACUGCUAUAUUGUUUGAUGAGCUUGCAUAUCUUCUCCAGGGUGGAGCCCUGCGAAUCGCUGCAGUAGUCCAGGUUGUCUAAGCCAACAUUUGCGGCAAAGAACAACCUGCAAGGCUGGCGAUAUAAUUGUAUUGUAUGUAGUUGAUACCUGCAAUAACUUGAUAUAUAUCGUUGAAAUGCUCCACUGCUUAGUCAUGUGCUCAUGUUCUGAAGUGUGUAAGGUCAUCUCCAAUAGUUACUCUAAAAUUUUAUCUCAUAUAAUACUAUUAUAACAUCUUCUAA